CUCCCAAACUCGCCUCACCGCUGCGUCUUCCUCACACGCGCGCCUUCUUUAGUGUUUAUUCAUUUUUCCGUUGCUUUUCUCGUUAUCCAAACACAAGAAUUCUGCUUUUUUUCAUUAUAAAAAGAUUUUUAAUAAAAAAAUAUAUAUAAAAAAGUGAUCCUUUUGCAGAGAAGAUUCAAUUCCCUUGUCUCUAGGGGGAACAGAACACAUUAUCGUCUCCAUCCAUUACUCCUAAAACCUUCUUUCUCCCAACUUUCACCUAAACGAUGAGAAGACAACGAGAUGAAGAGUCUAGUAGAGCUUUCUACGACCUAUCUGCUCUUGUUCUGUCUCUCCUCCGUUCUCCUCCGAUGCCCAUUUCUCUCCCCGACCACUUCCCCGAUUCCCCGGUGGUGAGAAGUCGUCGGCCUCGGUUUUCGUCGUCGCUUUCCAUGGCUCACAUAUCUCCGUCGGGAUUCGCGUCGCUGCUUCUCGGCGUAUCUGUGGCCCUUAUGCUCUGUGGAUCUGUUACUUUCUUCAUCGGCUUCCUCCUGCUGCCCUGGGUUCUGGCUCUGUUCGUGGCUUUCUAUGUCGUCGGGAUCGUUUCCGCCAUUUCCAUGGCCGCGAGGUCAAUCCUCUGCUACCUCUUGGCGCCACCGUCUCCCCCAAGAAAGGAGGUUUCUGAAUGGAAGCUGUUAUGAUGUGAUGAGCAAGCAGAGGACAAAACAAAAGAAAGAAUCCAGAUUUAGAGUUUUUCUAUCCUCUUUUAUCUGUAUUGUGGAUAUUGAGGAGUUCUAUAUCUACAUGUAGUAUUUUGUUUUUUUUUUUACUUUCAAAAAGAUUUGUCUGUUAGAGAGAUAGAGAACCUUUCUUAUUUGUGCUUUUUCUCAUGGAUGGUUCUAUUAUUAUUAUUAUGUAACAUGAGUUUCUUAUAAGAAGCAUACAAAAGUACAUUUGUCUUCGA